UUGAACGUCAAUGAAAAAGCAGAAUCAAUGACAGGGAAAGGAGAGUAGGUGUUUGUUGGCGAAAGAUACGCCAUAAGUUCGUGCCGCAAUGGUCCGGCCCAGUGCGGAUUUGCACCUGCGAAUUAUUUAUCUGUUCGUGGGCCUGACUUGCGUUUGGGCUGAGAAUGGCAACACCGAAGAUGCCGCUGCGCUAAACUCGGAUUUGGACUACGACCAUCCGAAAGUCUGGACCAAAGGAGCGCAGAGGCGGCGCUGCUGGGGCUACGAGAAGAACUGUGCCGAGAGUCAACGCAUGUUCAAGGGCACGUCAUGCAUCCGAAAACAGGGCGAGUCCCCGGAAGCGUUCAGUCGCCGCCAGGGCGACUUCUGGAGCUCGGCGGACUGGGGUUACGUGUCCAAAUUCAAGGACAGCAUGGUGGAGAUCUGUAGCCAGCGCUCGGCCAGCGACUCUCUGUUCAAGUGCAGCACAGACAACGCCAUGUGCAUUGCCAAAAACAUGUACAUGGAUCUGCGGCAGCUGGACCAUCAUCAACAUGGCAACGCACAUCGCAAGGACGUGCUCAGCAAGCCGGGCAUGUUGGGCGGUCGAUGUCGCAUGCACAACGGCCGCAUGGCCACGCGACGACCGUCCGACGUGCUGCAGGCGUGGACGGACGAAUUGGAGGGCUUUGGCAAUCUGAAGUUCCGUCCGCACGCGACGGCGAAGCAGUGCGACGUCUGGCUAGACAAGCCAACCGUGGUGAUGAAAUUCGACUCCGGGGUCAACCUGUACCACCACUUCUGCGACUUCUUCAACCUGUUUGCCACGCAGCACGUGAACGGCUCAUUCACGCGUGACCUGAACGUUGUGAUGUGGCACACUGGACGUACGCCGUUCUUCGACCUCUUCAAGGACGUGUGGCGGGCGUUCACGCUCGCCGGUGACUUCAAGCCGUUGGGCGACUACGACGGCAAGCGGGUGUGUUUCCGCGACGUCGUCUUCACGCUGGGCCCGCGCAUGCCGCUCGGCCUCUUCUACAGCACCCCGAUACCGGAGAAAUGCUCCGGGUCCGGACUGUUCAAGGCCUUCCACCGUCACAUGGUGCAUCGCUUUAACCUGACUAGUGACCGCGGUAAUGUAACCGAGCCGGCGUACAGGCUGAGGGUGAAGUUCAUGGCGCGCAAGACCAAGUGGCGACGUGUGCUCAACCAGGAUGAGCUGAUCGCGGCGCUGCGCAGCACGGGCCGGUAUGACGUGGAGGUGGUGGAGUUCACCCGUGAGGUCCCGCUGAUCUCGCAGUUCCAGACGGUUCACAACGCGGACAUUCUCGUCGGAAUGCACGGCGCCGGCCUGACGCACUCGCUGUUCCUGCCUGACUGGGGCGCGCUGUUCGAGCUGUACAACUGCGAGGACGUGCGCUGCUACCGUGAUCUGGCAGCGCUGCGCGGUGCCCACUACGUCACCUGGAGCGACAAGAGCAAGCUGACCGCCGUCGAGAGGUCGCCCGAUCACCUCAACUCGGCCGUGGAGAAGUUCUCCAACUAUCGCAUGGACGCCGACGAGUUUGUGCGCUUGGUUGACAAAGCAGCCACUGCCGUCCAACAGAGGCUGCCCAAGCGUCGCCCCAAGGAUGAGCUCUAAGCGUGGAGGUGUCCUCAUGGCCGAUGGAGCUUUUCUCUCAUCCCAGUGCCCACUGAGUACGGUAUGCAGUUUCAACAGCCUGUUGUGUAACUAGGAUGAGCUGUCUUAGAAUGUCUGUACCAGUGCUCGAGAGAAGCCGGAAGAAAGGCGGAUUUAUUUAUUUAUUUAAUAAAAAACCGACCACUACACAGCAACGCUUGACAGGCUGUGACAGCAUCACGGACAGCCUUGCGCUGUCGCGUCUUCACCCUGGGGGCUGGUGAGGGCAGCGCUCUGCCUCGAGGUACGUCUCACCGCCCCUACGUGCUAUGCGCGUCCUCGCUGCGCUACAACCACAGCAAGAACCUAGUCACGCGGCUGUUGGUUAUCUUGUGUGUACACAUUGUAGUUAUUAUGCUGGUUUAUCAUCAUGUCUCCUGCCAUUCUGUAUAGGAAAGGCGUCGCUACCACUACCUUGUGCCAUUCUCUAUUCCAUCUGCAAUGGACGUCAGCUACAUCGAUAUUAGUUUGGAGAAAGUCACGCAUCCUGUUCUAACCAAGACUGCAAGUGGUGCGCAGUUUUAGGACUGCUGUUUCACAUACCUCGCAAGCAUGCACACACACUUAGGUCUCUCCCCCCGCCAGCGGACACACCCUCUCUCUUUUCUCUAACCGUUCAGAAUUAUUCGAGAAUUCACCUUAUUUUGUUGGACCAGCAGAUAAGUGCUGGCAAAUCCGUGGUG